UAUUACCUGUCCAGGAUAUCAUCUAAAAGUUCAUCUAUCCAUAGGGACUUGGAUGCGUUUGUAAAUUUGAUCAAAUGUACUCUUGGCACGGGUAUUUUGGCUCUGCCCAGAGGCUACUAUAGUACAGGCUGGCUGCUGGGCCUGGCAGGCUCAGUUCUAAUCUCCUCCCUUCUGUUGUAUGCUAUGCAUGUAUUGCUCAACGAUAUUAACCUGACUCGCAAGCGCUAUAAAAUGGCAAUGCUCAGCUACAGCGAGGCCAUGCAUUUGGCUAUCUUGAAUGGACCCUCUUGGAUAAGGCCUCUGAGCAAAUACUUCGCCCGACAGGUGGAUGCAUUUUUGUGCAUUUACCACUUUGGCGUGGAUGUUGUGUACGUCGUGUUUAUUGGCAAAAAUCUCAAGGAGUUGGGCGACGAUUAUCUGCCGCCCAUCGACACGCGCAUUUAUAUUGCCCUCAUGACACUGCCUCUAAUCCUAACCUUCCUCAUACGCAACCUCAAGUAUCUUGUGCCACUGGCCGUCAUCUCAAACCUCUUUGUGAUUGUUGGUAUUGGAAUUAUUGUUACCUAUUUAUUAGUGGACUUGCCCGAUUUGGAGGACCGACGAUCCGUGCGAGAUUUAUCCCAAUUGCCUGUAUUCUUUGGUACCAUUAUGUUUUCGGUUCAAUCACUAGGCGUGGCACUUCAACUGCAAACAAACAUGCGUCAGCCAGAAAACUUUAUGGGCACGUGUGGCAUACUGAAUCGGGCCAUGUUUAUCGUGAUUGCGUUCUACACAGCCUUUGGUUUCUUGGGCUAUUGGAAGUACGGAGAUGAUACUGCGACAUACAUUCUCAAAAAUCUACCCGAUGAAACCCUGUCCAAGUGCGCCACUGCCCUAUUUGUUGUGGCCAUAUUUUGUAGCUAUGCCCUGCAGGGCUACGUGAUCAUUGAGAUUAUCUGGCACAGCUACAUGACACCCAGGCCGAUGGAUAGCGCCACACUAUGGGUAGAGUAUCUGAUGCGCAUGGCCAUGGUGGUGGCGUCUGUUCUGUGUGCCAUUGCCUAUCCAGACUUCGGCCUACUCCUCUCGCUUGUCGGCUCCUUCUGUCUGUCCCAGCUGGGCCUGAUUUAUCCAGGCAUUAUUAAUAUAUGCGUCUGCUAUAGUGAUGGAUAUGGACCCCUGAAAAUUUUCUUCUGGCGCUCUUUGCUUUUCAUCGUUUUAGGUUUUUUCGGAGGUAUUGCUGGCACUAUGGCCUCAGUAGCAGCAAUCAAGCAAAAAUAUGACAAUCGUAUUUUAUAUUUCUUUAGUUUUUUUCAACCGCAUUAA